AUGCCGAAGAUUCGCACUAUUCAGUCGGUGUCGCUCGAUGUGCCGGCUUCUGAGCAGCCAAAUCUCCAUAAUCGAUGGCAUCCAGACAUUCCCUCCAUCGCGUCCGUAAAGCCCGGCGAAACCGUCAAGAUCGAAUGCCUGGACUGGACCGGCGGGCAGAUUGGCAACAACGACAGCGCCGACGACGUCAAGAACGUCGACCUCACGCGGAUCCACUACCUGACCGGGCCCUUUGACAUCGAGGGCAGCGAGCCCGGCGACCUGCUGGUGGUCAACAUCACCGACGUGCAGCCGUUUGAGCACUCGCCGUGGGGCUUCACGGGCGUGUUCGCGCGCGAAAACGGCGGCGGCUUCCUCGACCGGCACUACCCCAAGGCAUGCAAGGCCAUCUGGGACUUUGACGGCAUCUACUGCUCCAGCAGGCACAUCCCUGGGGUGCGCUUCGCGGGGCUCAUCCACCCGGGGAUCCUGGGCUGCGCGCCGUCGGCAGAGCUGCUGCAGACGUGGAACGCGCGCGAGGGCGAGCUCAUCUCGGCGUGUGCGCAGUCGCAUCCCGGGCAGAUUGUCGCGCAGCCGCCGCUGCAGACGAAUGCGCAUGCGGGCAACGCGACGGGGGAGCUGAGGGAGAAGAUUGCGCGCGAGGGAGCGAGGACGAUUCCCGGCCGGCCGGAGCAUGGCGGCAACUGCGACGUGAAUGUCAUUUCCAGGGGGUCGACGACAUACCUCCCUGUGCACGUUGCCGGGGCCAAGUUUUCCGUGGGAGACUUGCACUUUAGCCAGGGCGAUGGCGAGAUAAGCUUCUGCGGUGCCAUCGAAAUGGCUGGCAUCAUCACCAUCAAGUUCGACCUCAUCAAGAACGGCAUGAAGGAGCGCGCCAUCAGCAGCCCCGUCUUCCGGCCCGGGGACGUGGCUCCGCAGUUCGGCCCAUCGCGCUACCUCACCUUUGAGGGCUUCUCGGUCGACGAAUCGGGCAAGCAGCACUUUCUCGACGCGACGGUGGCGUACCGCCAGGCGUGCCUGCGGACCAUUGAGUAUCUGAAGCAGUUUGGAUACUCUGGAGAGCAGAUAUACCUGCUGCUGUCUUGCGCGCCCAUCAGGGGAUCGAUCGCGGGGAUUGUGGAUAUUCCAAACGCGUGCACGACGCUGGGCUUGCCGAUGGACAUUUUCGAGUUUGACGUUUCUGUUGAAGCGGAGAGGGUCAAGAACCGGUCUCUCGGCUCGUGCCCCAUUGCCGAGUAG